AGACUGCUGGGUCAUUGCUGACAACAGAGGAACCCAGCGGACAGAAGUGUAUAUAUACAGAGGGAAGGGGACAGCGCGCCGUGCCACCAUGGACCUGUCUGCAGUGUGCGCUCUGCUGCUGUGUGUCCUGCUCCAGCAAGGAUCAGCACUCAUCAGGAUACCAUUAACAAAGUUUACCUCCAUCCGACGAACUUUAUCUGAAGCUGCUGGGGAAGUGGAUAAAAUAAUUGGAAGUGAAGGAUACAAGAAGUAUUACGAUGGAUUUCCACCAAAUGGAGGUCCUACACCAGAGACACUGAAGAACUAUUUAGAUGCUCAGUACUAUGGAGAGAUUAGCAUCGGGACCCCUCCCCAGAUAUUUACUGUGGUGUUUGACACAGGAUCUUCUAACCUCUGGGUCCCAUCCAUCCACUGCUCCCUCCUGGACAUUGCUUGCAUGCUGCACCACAAGUAUGAUUCAUCCAAAUCCUCCACCUAUGUAAAGAACGGCACAGAGUUUUCCAUCCAGUAUGGCAGCGGCAGUCUGUCUGGGUACCUGAGUCAGGACACGGUGACGAUUGGCAACCUGGCAGUGAAAGGACAACUUUUUGGGGAAGCCAUCAAGCAGCCUGGAGUCACCUUUAUUGCAGCCAAGUUUGAUGGUAUUUUGGGCAUGGCUUACCCCCGGAUCUCUGUGGACGGGGUCCCCCCUGUUUUUGACAACAUGAUGCAGCAGAAAUUGUUGGAGAACAAUGUUUUUUCCUUCUACCUGAACAGAAACCCAGACACCCAGCCUGGUGGUGAGUUAUUACUGGGCGGCACCGACCCCAAGUAUUACACCGGAGACUUCAAUUAUGUGACUGUCACCCGUAAGGCAUAUUGGGAAAUUCACAUGGACCAGAUGAAUGUCGGGGAUCAACUCACACUAUGCAAAGGCGGCUGUGCAGCCAUUGUAGACACUGGGACCUCCCUGAUCACCGGUCCAAAGGAUGAAGUGGUCGCCCUGCAGAAAGCUAUAGGAGCCGUCCCACUGAUUCAAGGAGAGUACAUGGUACAGUGUGAGAAGGUCUCCUCAUUACCUGUCAUCUCUCUGAAGCUUGGAGGACUAGAAUACAACCUGACAGGAGAUCAGUAUAUACUGAAGGUGACACAAGGGAGCCAGCAAAUCUGUGUGAGUGGCUUCAUGGGUCUCGAUAUUCCGCCUCCAGCUGGACCCCUCUGGAUACUGGGAGACGUCUUCAUUGGCCAAUAUUAUACUGUAUUUGACCGAGCUAAUGACCGGGUUGGGUUUGCCAAAGCCAAGUGAUGGAAGAACCACAAAGAAUCCCAGAAUUUCUUAUCCUCGAUGAACUUAAUGCAACAACUACUGACUACCCGGCUUAUGACAAUGUACUUUGGUAAUAUUUCAGUGACAGCAAUUGACUUGUUUUAGUUGCACCAAAUUAGUCUUACAUGGAAAUUGCUUAUCUCCAGUGAUCAGGGGAAGAAAAUCUAGUCAGUCGAUGCCUUUGGAGAGCAUAUCCAUCUGGUACCAGUAACACCUGGCAACAAAGGGUAAACUCCAUUCUGGGGUGAAACGAAGUGAGAUACUCUGAUUGUUAUGAGCAAUGUUAAUAGUUUUAUGGUUGUCUCUAGCCCUAUGUUAUAAGGAUGUGUUCUUACUACAUAAGAAGUAAAGAUGGAGCUGUGUGUAACUUGGCUGUGAUAGGACGUCACGAAAGCCAAUGAAAGGUCACAUACAAGGUUCUUGCAACUCUUUUUGUAACAAGUCAAGAUAAGAAUUUCUAUGGUGUAUCAGGAAUAGACUGGCUAAGCCUAAGUAGACUCAUCUUGCAUGUCCAAUAUGGCUUUAUGUUAAUAGAGCUACACGUGCAUCUGCUUCCACCUUCAUCCAUGACAAUCAUGACUGGUCCAAAAAAAAACUAAAUUCCUCCUUGCCACCAAAAUAAAUAAGUUCAUUAUUUGUAGGAAGAUGGUUAUCUACAGGGGCUCAUAUGUCCCAACAACAGAUCGGCCUCCACUUGACCAGUUUCUUGUUCACAUCUCCGUUGGAAGCUCCGUUCUGGGCCUCCGUUGCAGAUUCCAUCCAAAAGACCUGACAAAAAAGUCCUGCAUGCAUGACUUUUUUGUCUGGUAAAAAAGGUUCCCAAAAAGAAACUGAAUGGACUCCAUUAUUGUCAGUGGGAUCUGUUCAGCUCCAUCAUGUCAGCUUUGUGCCGAAUCCGGCACUUUGUUCUUUUCCGUUAUUAAUGGAAAUUACUAGCGGCGGUGUGAACUCACUCUGACCUGAAAUCAGUCAUGUCAUAUAAAUCAAAUCAGUCAAUGGUCUGAUAGUUGAGGUCUCCAAAAAUUCUUGGCCUUUUUCCCAGUGGUGAGGUGCCCGUUCUUAUAGGUUCUCCAACGCCCAUUCAUCUCAACGGAGAGCGAAUCUUCUGCUCUUCACGGAGUGGAGACCACUUGCUCUCACAGGUGGUGAAGAGCUCACAUCGGUCUGAUAUUUCUGACAAAAAUCAGAAAUAAUAAUGAACAUCUGGCACAUCCGUUAAUUGGCAAAAGGCAUAACCACUCUGUAGAAACCAUCCAAACUACUGGAAAUAGGUCCUGUAGGAAACAGGGGCUUUCAGUUUCCUCACUUGUAUGUCCUGUGUGCACUUCUCCGCUUGACCCAUUUUAAUCAGCAUGUCAUGUUGUAUGUCCAAGUAUAUUAUUCAUUUUAUCACACUGGUUUGAUCAAUGAUCACACUUUUAGUACCAACGUGGGUACAAUUAGAUUUGUAAGUACUACCGAUCUGUGCAUAAAACUAUAACAUACAAUUGGUUUUGUCUUCUAGUAUGUGUGAGCCAUAACUUAUGUAGGUGAACAGUUAGUAUUUAUUUCCUAUUAUGGGUAGCGUGGUCUGCGAUUGGCGAAACUAAGAUCGGGCAUGUUGAAUGUAGAGUGCUUGAUCCUUUCUGGUAUCUAUCCCUGUGGAAGUAAACACCCUAGCUUAGUGAAUGCCAGCAUGCAUGUCUUAUGUCUGGAACUGUUUUAGAAGGGCUGGAGGCUCUAGCCUGAUCUUCUUUCCCACCAGUCCUUGUAGGACAAAAGAGGCACAUUACCUUUUGGUUGCAUUGCAUUGUGGUGUAGGGUAGAAGAUGAGGUCAAGAGCAGGUUCAGAUAUCUGGGGGAGAACUCAGUAGCCUCAUCCUUGACUAGUAAUUAUUCAUGCACCCCUCUAACACUCCAAGACCUUCAUCUGUGGCUCUGAUCCACUGGUUUAGAGUUCAAACUCCACACUUUGGGAUUAUGAACACGUUCAAGGACUUUAGGAGUAAUUACAUUCUACUGUUUUAAUGUUCUUUUGCACUAGAAGUCAUAUGCACUUCCUCAUCCUCAGCUCAGUGGGAUAAUGAUUGAUAGAGAUGAGCAAAUCAAUCAAUUUCUGUUGACAGCCACUUACCAUUAAAGGGGUAUUUUGAAAUAUUGAUGACCUAUCCUCAGGAUAGGUCAUCAACAGCAAAUUGGUGGGAGGGGGGGGGGGGGAUUAUCGAUGCUCCCUGUCUGAUGGGGUUACAGCGCUAGUCUACAUUGUAGUUGGUGAUGCAGGGUAGUUAUGGCUUCUUCUCCCAUUCACUUCAAUGGUGCGAACAGCUGUAAUUACACUGCACUACUACAAUGUAGACGGGGUGCAGGUAAACAAUGAACAGGACGCAGCACUCACAUGAGCGCUGCAGCCCCUUCAAACAGCUGAUCAGCAGGGGUGCCAAUAGUCCAAACUCAACUCUGAAGUUGAUGACCCUUUCAAAAAAUGUCCCCUUAAGUUAUAUUGGGUGACCUGACUUGCUGUGUUUGCUGUUGGCAAAUUAAAGUAAAAAAAUAAAAAUAAAUACAAAUUGGUUUGUCCUUGGCAGCAAAUUGCUUGCGUUGUUGGAAGCCAUACUUAUCUUAGUCUGUUAAUGAUAUUAUUGAUACAAGGGUGAAGCCAAAGGUUCCUUAUCUUAAUGACUACUAGUUGAAUGACAAACAAUCGAAGCAUCUCUUAUAAUACCAUGAGCAUCCGCAAAUACUCUAAGAACUACUGUAUUUUAUUACUAACUUCUAAUGAAUUACUCAGAGGUGAUCAAAUCCACCAAAUUAAUUCAAGGGUUUAGCUACAGAAGGAGAAGAGGGAGCAGUUACAUCCAGGUUCUGGUGCCUGAGGAGGUCCAAAGGUCCCUCUGAUAUAUAAGAGGACACCAGGUUUAUACAUGCAAUAUGGUGGGUCUCCAUUACAGAAUUUGCAUUAGGGUCCAGGUCAAGACAUGACUCUGAUUCUGUACAUUCAUGGAUCGCACUUAGAACAUUUAAAGGCUAUGGACACCUUUGGGCAAUUUUUAUGAUUAUCAUUUUGGGAUUAAACUCCUUUUUUCAAUUGGUGUUUAUUAAAAUUGUUCAGCCGUUUUUUUUAGAUACAUUCGGUUAAAAAUCUGUCUGUUUGCAGAGUAUCACUUCUCAGUCCCAUCAGCUGACGACUCAUGUUAAACCUUCUCUCUGUUCUCCUGACGUCAUACACAAUCAUGUAAGCCGUUAUCUUAUCAGUAUGAUAAGAGUUCAGCUAUAAUGAGUUUGUUAGCUGUAGUUUAUGAGCUAGGAGAUCAGAGAUGAGGCUUUACAUGAGCCGUCAGCUGACAGAACUUAGGAGGGACAGUCUGCAAAUAGACUGAUUUUUAACCGCAUACAUAACAAUAACUGCUAAAAAUUCUAAUAAAGCCCAAUUGAAAAAAUUAUUUUAGCCCAAAAUGGGUAAAAUGUAAUCAUUAAAACAUGUUCUACAUGGGUUCAUAGGCUGUUCUGUAUUGCCUAAGAAACUCCCGUUGAAGGCUUCGUUUACAUUGGUGAUGAAGGCUCCGUCACAGAUUCCGAUAAAAAAUCCAGACAAAACAGCACAGCAUGCUACACCAUCUUGUCCAGUAAAGUGCCAGGAUCCCUGACCUGACGGAAACCCAACGAGCCCCAUUGACUAUGAUGGUGCCCAUUGGUGUCCAUCAUUCAGAGGAUCCGGAGCUUCAGUUAAUUUCCGUUGUUGCACUCCUAUAGUGAAGCAGAAAGGAAAGAGUCAGCGCAGGUGUGAACAACGCCUAUGAUGGUGACCAUGGUCCUGGUGUUACUGCAGCCUUCAGCAUAUGACAGUAGACCACUGAUCGUAGACUUUAGGUUCUUUUCAGCACCACAGACAGUUUUCAUAUUUUAAUAAUCUUUGAUAUGACAUUCAACCAAACCUGGAUGUAGCCUCCAACAAAUAUUGUACUUGUUAUGCCUGUUCUAUGGCUACAAUUUACCGAUUUUAGAUGUACCUUGAACAUUGAUCACUCUAAUGGGGGUUGAUGGUGAAAGACAAGCUACAUGGAGGUUCAGGUCUAUUACAAUAUAUUGAAUAUACUGAUGUAUACAAAUGUCAGAAAAUAAAGAACAUCUUCCUAUGA